CAACGAUGCCGAACUUCUGUGCGGCCCCCAACUGCACGCGGAAGAGCAUGCAGUCGGACCUGGCCUUCUUCAGGUUUCCGCGGGAUCCGGCCAGAUGCCAGAAGUGGGUGGAGAACUGUAGGAGGGCAGACUUAGAAGAUAAAACACCUGAUCAAUCACCAGCCCAGCUGAACAAACAUUAUCGCCUGUGUGCUAAACACUUUGAGACCUCUAAGAUCUGCAGAACUAGUCUUUACAGGACAGUUCUCCGAGAUAAUGCCAUACCAACAAUAUUCGAUCUUACCAGUCAUUUGAAUAAUCCACAUAGUAGACACAGAAAAUGAAUAAAAGAAUUGAGUGAAGAUGAAAUCAGGACACUGAAACAGAAAAAAAAUGAUGAAACUUCUGAACAGGAACCAAAACAUAAAAAAGUAAACAACAGCAAUGCUCAGAAUCCCAGUGCAGAAGAAGGGGGUGAAGAGCAGGAUGAAGACAUUUUACCUUUAACUCUUGAAGAGAAGGAAAACAAAGAAUAUUUAAAAUCUUUAUUUGAAAUUUUGAUUCUUAUGGGAAAACAAAAAAUAGCUCUGGAUGGACAUGAAGCUGAUGAAAUCCCAGAAGGUCUUUUUACUCCUGAUAACUUUCAAGCACUGCUUGAGUGCUGGAUCAAUUCUGGUGAAGAGGUUCUGAGAAAGUGCUUUGAGACAACAGCAGUGAACACACUGUUCUGUUCCAAGACACAGCAGAAGCAGAUGCUGGAGAUCUGCAAGAGCUGCAUUUGGGAAGAGACCCUCAGGGAGGUGAGGGACUCUCACUUCUUUUCCAUCAUCACUGAUGGUGUGGUGGACAUCUCGGGGGAAGAGCACCUGCCUGUGUUGGUGAGGUUUGCCGAUGAAGCUCACAACCUGAGAGAGGUAUUUGUAGGCUUCAUGCCUUAUGAAGCUGAUGCAAAAAUUUUGGCUGUGAAAUUUCACACUACAAUAACUGAGAAAUGGGGAUUAAACAUGGAGUACUGUCGUGGCCAGGCUUACAUUGUGUCUAGUGGAUUUUCAUCCAAAAUGAAAGUUGUUGCUUCUAGACUUUUAGAGAAAUAUCCCCAAGCUAUCUACACACUCUGCUCUUCCUGUGCCUUAAAUAUGUGGUUGGCAAAAUCAGUGCCUGUUAUGGGAGUAUCUGUCGCAUUAGGAACAAUUGAGGAAGUUUGUUCUUUUUUUCAUCGAUCACCACAACUGCUUUUAGAGCUUGAAAAUGUAAUUUCUGUCCUCUUUCAGAACAAUGAAGAAAGGGGCAAAGAACUGAAGGAAAUUUGCCAUUCUCGGUGGAUUGGCAGGCAUGAUGCUUUUGAAAUCUUAGUGGACCUCCUACAAGCACUUGUUUUAUGUGUAGAUGGUAUAAAUAGUGAUACAAAUGUUAGAUGGAAUAACUACAUAGCUGGCCGAGCAUUUGUCCUCUGUAGUGUGAUAACAGAUUUUUAUUUCAUCAUUACCAUUGUUGUUCUUAAAAAUGUUUUAUCUUUUACAAGAGCCUUUGGGAAAAAUCUUCAGGGGCAAAUCUCUAAUGUCUUUUUUGCAGCCAGUAGCUUGACUGCAGUGUUACAUUCUCUAAAUGAAGUGAUGGAAAAUAUAGAAGUUUAUCAUGAAUUUUGGUUUGAGGAAGGCACAAAUUUGGCAACCAAACUUUUCCAUCAUCAGAUGGAAACUCCCAGGGAAAUUUCACUUGAUAUUCAGAUGAAACUCCCAGGGAAAUUUCACAGAGCUCAGCACAGUAACCUGGAAUCUCAGCUAACCUCUGAGAGUUACUAUAAAGAAACUCUAAGUGUUCCAACUGUGGAACACAUUAUUCAGGAACUGAAAGAUAUAUUCUCAGGACAGGACCUCAAAGCUCUUAAGUGCUUAUCCCUGGUAUCCUCUGUCAUGGGACAGCUCAAAUUCAAUACAUCAGAGGAGCACCAUACUGACAUGUACCGAAGUGACUUACCUAAUCCUGACACACUCUCUGCUGAGCUGCAUUGUUGGAGAAUCAAAUGGAAACACUGAGGGAAAGAUAUAGAACUUCCAUCCACUAUUUAUGAAGCCCUUCAUCUACACAUCAAGUUUUUUCCUAAUGUUUAUGCAUUGCUGAAGAUCCUAUGUAUUCUUCCUGUGAUGAAAGUUGAGAAUGAACUCUAUGAAAAUGGGCAAAAGCGUCUCAAAGCAUACUUGAGGAACACUUUGACAGAUCAAAGGUCAAGUAACUUGGCUUUGCUUAACAUAAAUUUUGAUAUAAAACACGAUUUGGAUUUAAUGGUGGAUAAAUAUAUCAAACUCUAUACAAGUAAGUCAGAGCUUCCUACAGAUAAUUCAAAAACCAUUGAAAAUACCUAA